AUUAAAUGGGAUGUCAUGCAAUCCAACUCUAAAACAUAUGAUGUUAAGGUAUCCAUUUUUAACUAUCAGCUGUUUAGGCAUAUUGAGAGGCCUGGCUGGAGGCUCGGUUGGACAUGGCCAGGGCAUGAGGUGAUAUGGAACAUGUGGGGAGCUGAGGCCACAGAGCAGGGCAACUGUUCUUUGCACAAGGGACAAGCACUUCCUCACUCUUGUGAGAGGAACCCUAUCAUUGUUGAUCUCCUCCCUGGAACCCCUUACAAUUUGCAAGUCUCCAAUUGUUGCAAGGGAGGAGUGCUAUCCUCCAUGAACCAAGACCCUUCUAAGUAUACUGCUGCUUUUCAAAUGAGUGUUGGAGCUUCCCCCAAUAACAAUGGUGAUGAUUAUAAUGAGAAUAAUGAUAAUUCAGGAAUCGUAAAGCCAGUGAAUUUCAGUCUUGGCCUUCCUGGUUAUACAUGUGGAGACCCAUUUGUCGUUCCGCCCAGCAAGUUUUCUGUGGAUGGAGGCCGUCGAUGGACACAAGCUCUGAUGACGUGGAAUGUGACUUGCUCAUAUUCCCAAUUCCGGGCAUCUCCUGCCCCAACUUGUUGUGUUUCGCUGUCUGCGUUCUACAACGAUACCAUUGUUCCAUGCCCCCAAUGCAGCUGUGGUUGCCAGGGACAGCCUGCGGGAGCAAAAUGUGUAAAGCCUGGCGAACCCCCACCAAUGUUGCAGCUACCACAUAAUGAAGAAGAAGUUCCACCGCCAUUAGUAAGUUGUUCCUCACACAUGUGCCCCAUUCGAGUGCAUUGGCAUGUGAAGCUAAGCUACACGGAGUAUUGGCGGGUUAAGAUCACAGUCACAAAUCUAAAUUUUGUCAAAAACUAUAGUGACUGGACCUUGGUGGUGCUGCACCCCAACUUGCAGAAUGUGACACAAGUUUUCAGCUUCAACUACAAGCCACUUAAUCAGUAUGGUUAUAUCAAUGACACUGGGAUGUUUUGGGGAGUUCGAUACUACAACAACAUGCUGCUGCAAUCAGGCAAAAGUGGGAAUGUGCAAACUGAGAUGCUACUGCACAAAGAUCCUGAAAUUUUCACUUUCAGGGAAGGAUGGGCUUUCCCAAGAAAGAUUUCUUUUAAUGGCGAUGAAUGUGUCAUGCCCUCUCCUGAUCAGUACCCAAGGCUCCCCAACAGCAGCCAGUUCAGUGCUCAAGCAAGGCCAUGGAUUGCUUUUCUCACACUUUUAUUACUAGCAGCCAUACUUUAG